AUGGCGGUAGCUGUUGAUCAACAUCAUGGAUUUAAACCGUUCAACCGAUCUCAAAGAUGCAGACUCCAAUCCUUCACUCACCUCGAGUACAACCUUCUUGAAGUUAGCCAUAGAAACCUUGCUCACUCUAUAAAACAGGUAUUUGAAGUUGCAAAUUUCCAUCGAAGCGUCUCCACCCCUUGCCUUUCCUUUGCCACUAAUGUGGAGGAAGAGUUUGACACCCAUCCGAGGAUUGAGAUUAUUGGUGGCCGAAGAGCCCCAAGAGUCGCUGCUCUUGUAGUUGAGGUGGCCAUAGCCAUAGCCUCCGGAGUAGCACCGAUGCCAGUGUCCAACGGGCUUGGUGGUGCCUACUUCUUUCAUAAUCAGAGUGGUGAAAUUAUUGCUGUAGCAAAGCCAAUUGACGAGGAGCCUUUAGCCUUCAAUAACCCAAAAGGUUUUGGGGGAUUGACGUUGGGACAGCCUGGAAUAAAGCGUUCAAUACGUGUAGGUGAAACUGGCAUUCGUGAGUUGGCUGCUUAUCUCCUCGACCAUGGUGGGUUCGCUGGUGUUCCUGCAACAGGUCUUGUGAAAAUCUCUCAUGUUGCAUUCCAUGUCAAUGAAGCAACUGCUGUCACUGCCACACCUUAUAAGAUUGCCUCGCUACAAAAUUUUGUCUCUCAUGACUUUGAUGCUGGGGAGUUAGGGCCCUCUAGUUUCUCUGUUGCUUCAGUUCAUAGAAUUGGGAUACUUGACUUGAGAAUCCUGAAUCUAGAUCGGCAUGCGGGAAAUAUUAUUGUCAAGAAAAAUGAGCAACAUGAAAAUUAUGCUAUCGGGGCAAUUGAGCUUGUGCCCAUAGAUCAUGGUCUUUGCCUACCAGAGUGCCUUGAUGAUCCAUACUUUGAGUGGUUGUAUUGGCCUCAAGCAUCAAUUCCUUUUUCGGAGUUAGAAAUUGAGUAUAUUUCGAAUCUAGACCCAAAUAAGGAUGCAGAGCUUUUGCGGACUGAACUUCCAUCAUUGAGGGAAUCCUCCAUUCGAGUUCUUAUCCUUUGCACUAUUUUCUUGAAGCAAGCUGCCAGUGUUGGCCUUUGUCUUGCCGACAUAGGUGCAAUGAUGAGUCGGGAGUUUCGUGGUGAUGAAGAAAACUCGAGCAUACUGGAGACCCUUUGCGCAAAAGCUAAGGCAAGUGUAUUUAAUACUUUGGAAGCUGAUGAUGAUGACGACAUGGAUAAUUAUGAUAAAAUCGAGGUUGAUGACGACGUUGAAGACUUUGAAUUUGUCUCUAAUGAGGUUGCAGAUCUUCCCAAGCUUUUACAGAGCCAUUCGAAUUUGUCUAAGUUGACAAAAUCUUUGAAAGUUUCGUCCGUAAGGUCGAUGCCAGGAUUGCAUGGUGCUUUGUUAUCUCCUCUAUACGAGGAAAUUGACAACGACAAUAGUAAUUGUGAUACAGAAAAUGUUGCAAAAAAUGGUGAUGAUGAUAACAAAAUUAGCAGUAGCGAUGGUGACAGCAAAGCAGCAGGAGGGUUGGUGAAAAGCAUGAGUUUCUCAGUGCAAAACUCUAACUACGAAAGUGGGGGCAUUUCUUUCGAGAAUAUGAGUGAAGAUGAAUGGGAAAUGUUCCUAGAGUGUUUUGAAAAGCUCUUGCCUCAAGUAUUCGAGGGCUUUAAGUUCAUGAGUGCCAAGCAAAGGUUGGGAUCUUCUUGCAAAUUUUGA